CACACGGGUUGAAGUGUGCUGACAGCGAGCAACAACCUCCGUUCAUCGUCUGUUGUUGCUUGUUCAUGACCCAGACGACCAGCUAGGAUCAACUUCCCUCAUAGGACAACCAAUCCGGGUCUCGUCCGUAGAUGCCUGCUUUCAUGCCCUCUCUGGAUGUUGAUCGUUCAGUAUCCCGUUCCCCUACCAUCAGCAAGAAGGGAUCGUUUCUUUCCGUUUCUACCUCUCUCAGCCAUUCUUUGAUACAAGAUGCUCUACACUACUCGCCCGAUAAAGGAGCUACUCUCGUCUUUACAAAGAAAAAUCUCACAGAUAUUGGAGGGGCGGCGGCAGAGGAGCUGGCUACUAUUGGGAUGGAACCGCCAGAGGAUGAAAGUCGGGUUCAGAGAAUUGCGCUCAAUUACAAUCGUCUUACAACCAUUCCCAUGGAAUUUGCAUUGCUGUCGCGUCUCAGGUAUCUCAAUCUCAAAGGCAAUUGUUUCUCGGUCUUUCCUGACGUUUUAACAUUGAUGCAUUCGCUGGACACUUUGGAUAUCAGCCACAACAAGAUCAAACGGCUGCCUUCACAACCUGGAAAUCUCGUCAAUCUCAAGGUUCUCUGCCUCACGCGUAACAAGUUGACCAGACUACCGACAUAUCUUGUCAAGUUCAAGAAGUUGACGUUCCUAGAAGUUGAACGCAACCCUAUUGAAUGGCCCCCAAAGUCCGUAAUGGAACGGAUAGAUUCCACGGGGAACCCAGAGAGCAUGAACAAUUGGAUAAGAAGCGUGCAACGUUGGGUAGACAUUGAGUGCUCUGGUGUUAGCAGAAGCCAUGAUGACUCCGGGUUUGGCGAGCUCGACAGUUCAAGGAUCGAGGACAGUUAUGGUGCUUGGGGUAGCCUUUCUCUCACUGAGAGUGAAUUCGACGAAGGUGUCACGCCGCACGCCAGAUCGUUCUCAAUAGACUCCAAUUUCUCGGUCUCAUCCAUCACCGACUCUGUCGGCAGUCCCGCCUCACAAUAUGACUCGCGCGACAGGCCCCCACCCUUGCACCUGGGAAUACUUCAGUCAUAUAGUACGGAAACGUCCCCCACACAUUCUCUCGAAAGUUACCUUCCGAGUCCCGCAGAAUCUGACUCUUUCCCGGCGCAGGACGCACUUGUCGAUGGAAUGAUUGAAAGGCAGCAGCUACACGGUAGAAAUGCAUCAUAUGCAGGGGAUGAUCAGAAACCUGGUCGAUCACGUUCCAUCGGGAAAAAGAGUAUGCCGGAUCUACGAACAGCAAAGCUGAACUUCUCGAAGAAGAACCCAGAGUGUGCUGACCGCAGCCCUGCUCCUUUACUCAACGGGAAGGCUAUCGCUGUUGACGAGUAUCCGUCUCCAAUGUCUCAGCGGCAAGACUCGGGCUCCUCGUUAAAUUCAGCUUCGCGACAUAUAAACAAGGCACAGGGCAAGGAAACUGGCCCCCAGACAUCGCCUACGCGUGCUGUCCCUUCCAUGGCAUUCGAACGCAACUCCUACUUCAGACGACUCUCCACACUUCCAACAUCCGCAUCAAACAUACCUACGCCAUUGCUCAACCUUAUUGACACUGCGCGAAGCAUUUUAUUCGCAGUUUGUCAAAUUUACCACACAUUGGAACACUACACUCUCAAUGCAGUCGAUGACCGUCUGUCGUCAGUACUAAAAAAAGUGCUUCAUCCUGCCAGUGCAGACAUGAUGCAGUUUAUUAACUCUCUGGAUCGAUUUGACGCUUUGAGCCGUAAAUCUGUCCCACCAGCUUCUGUAUGCAGAGCUGUCAUCGAAAGUUGUAGAGAUACGGUCGCAGUGUUUGGGAAGACUGUCGGAGUACUAUCCCUACAGCUCAAAGUAAUCAUCAAUGCAGAUGACGUUCGAUACUUGAGGUCUCUAGUAUUGACCUUAUAUGGUGCUGCUGCUGAAAUUGCCUUGGCGUGGCAAUCAAUACUCCCUCAGAUCGAUUCUAUCAAGCUAUUGCUACAUACCAAACCCUUCCCGUCUGCUUCGCCGCCAAGCAAUUUCGGCUCGCUGGUUGGAGGCCCCGACUCACAUUCCACUUCUACAUCUACAUCCAUUCCUUCGGAUAGCUCAACACAACCGCUUGUAUCCUUGAGGUCUACAGCAGGUAGGACACAUACCGCCAGGCGGCAUGCGGGAUCCUUUAGCUCAAAAGAUGUGGAAAUCGGGAAGGCUCUACCGUCGUAUGAUGUGCCCCUUCCAACCAUGCCGCGGAGCGUCGCUUCUUCAUCUACAAAGUCAAUAUUGCGGGCGCCAAAGCGGCAGGUAACAUUAUCGCCUAUGACUCUUACAGUUCAGUCCCCAUCUCCGACGAGUUCAGUAAUAGUGUCAGCAUCGACUUCAUCCACGUCCAUCGCAGAGAGUUCGAAAACCAAUCAUUCUCGGUCAGGGUCCCUGGCAUCGUUACAAGCGUCGUCUACAUCGUCGUCGCCUGUUUUAACAGCAUCUAGAACGACAUAUACUGAGGCUCAGUCGACUUCGAAGAUCCAGGUGGACAAGGAGGCAAUCCAGGCAGUGCAGGCCGCGAUUGACAUAGCUCCCUUUGUCUGGGACAUGGUAGAAGGGCAUUUGUCAGACAUGUUGGAGGUCAGGAGUGACAUGCGGGAAAGCCUUACCAAGGCCAGGCUCUCGACCAAGAGUCUCUCGGACAUGAUCCAUGCGUUGAAGGACGGUGAUCCAUCGGUCGAUAAAAGGGCUUUGCGCGAGGAGGCAAAUAUCUUUGUUAAAAUUGUUGUUGAAAUAAUCAGCGCUAUCAAACCUUAUGGCGGUACAACCUCUAACGACUUCCGCGUCAAGAUGAGUCAACUGACGAACGCGACUGAGGAGUUUGCAAUACUCCUUCAUGUCUCCUCAUUCUCACAUCCACCGGCUUCCUCGACUUCUCGGUCCUACUCUCCAAUGUUGAGUGCACUCGGUUUGUCGGAUGAAGUAAAACUCGGACCCGGCCUUUCACGUAGUCGCAGCGCACAGCAGUCGAUCAGCAUCAGGCCACCAACAUCCCCUAUACCGGAAGGUUCAAGGAGUGCUCUUCCCAAUCAAACUUUCAAAGUACCUGUCAUGAGAAGGUUUAGGGAUAGAGAGCCUCGACUUGACGGGAAUGAUCCUGGAUGAUAACUCACGUUUCUUUCCUUUUUAUUCUAUUCUUUUCGUCGUUUUGAUGUGUAUCACUACUACUACCACUCCGCCCAUAUCACGGUCGAUUUAGCUUUCGGGUUCAUUCAUUAUAUCUACGUAUCGUAUAGUCCAUAGCAAGUAUCGUUUUUUUAUUAUCAUAUUUCGCACUGCGUGGAAUGUUAUUAGACUUUAGAAAAACGUAAAA